CGCACUCAACGCAUAGAGAAGAAUAGUUUUGCUAUAAGGAGGACAGAGCCGGGAGGAGUGAAUGGAUCAUUGCUCCAAUGCAUCAAACCCGCUUAUUGGACACCCUCCUAUAUCCGUGAAAGAAACCCUACAUUCCCGUUAUGCCCUGCCGCGGAGGCUAGAGAUUUUUGCCAAGAGAGAAGGGAAAACGCAGAGGACCUCUGAAGUCGGGACACUCCUUCGUUUGAGUUGACUGUAAAACGUUAGUUCGUCUGUGCACUGUUUCCAAUCUCCUGUGAGCCUAGCGUCGGAGAGGGGGGAUUCAGCCAAGCAGGACAACUGUAGGCAAGAUGCAGGGGGUUUCAGCAACAACUGACCUCCCUCCCUCCUCUCUACAGUGCCAGUGUGGAUCGGUGGACUUCCUGUGUUCCCCGCGGCUGGCGAAGAAAGCCCUGCCCCCUCCCAGGCAAUGUCACGUCCGGCCUGCAGUCAAGCCCCGCCCCCAGCCCAUAGCCACCUCUCAGAAACCUCAAGUGCCCCCUAAACCCCCCUUCCUGCUGGUCCUCGGACAGGACAAGAAGCCCAAGAGGAUUCCCCCAGCCCCCUCCAGGCCUCUGCCUGCUCCUCCACCUCCACCCAAACCGCGGCCCAGCCAGACACCACCUGGCCUGGCCACACAGCCUCAGAGAGAGGCCCAGAGCGUGGGGCUGCUCAUCGAGAGGUUUGAGAACUCCAGGGUUCCAAUUCUUGGCGUUCCUCCGAGGAAUCAGCUCCACUUGUGCCUGAGUAUGGACGCGACACCCGAAACCACAGCUCGUUCUGCCCCUGACCCCACAGCACACGCCCCUUCAGGGUCAGCAGGAGCAAAGGACUCUGGGGAACCGUCCCCCGCCGACAAACUUGCUCUUAUCGUCUCGGAGCAGACUGAUGAGGUCACCGAGCUGACGGAACUUUCGUGCCUGGCCUCAAUCCGCAUUGGCGACCCCGGCGACAUUCCUUUGGACUCUACAGAGGACGACCUCAACGUCGUCCACGGCGAUCGAGUUGGUUGCCUUGACAACACGGACAGGGAGCAGAGAGACUCUUCCCAUGAGCUCCAGGACAAUCCGGACUCACAGUCCUCGGAGCAGAACGUAAACGGGAAGAUUCCCAACCGGGACAGCGGGAUCGACAGCCCAUCGUGCGCAGCAGAGGGCGAGGUGUUCCCCAACGAAGACGCCAUCGACGAGGAGGAGCGCUACGACAGCGUCACGGAGACAGAGACUAGCGUGUCCUGCUGUGUAACACUGGGCAACAAGCGUGACUCCACGCAGGACGAGGACAGUGACUUGGAUGAGGUCAGCAGUGGCGAGACAGAGGGAGGAGAGAAGGCGGACACACACACAGAGGUACACAGGUACUCAGAGACACAGAGGUUACUGAACAUCGCCAGAGAGCUCCUUCACACUGAGGAGGCCUACGUCAAAAGACUCAACCUCCUCGACCAGGUAUUUUGCACUAAGCUGACUGAAGCUGGAAUCCCUCAGGACGUGAUAACGGGGAUCUUCUCCAACAUAUCCUCCAUCUACUGCUUUCACCACAAGUUCCUGCUCCCUGAGCUCAAGACACGCAUCACUGGAGAAUGGGACUCAAACCCACGUAUCGGAGACAUCCUCCAGAAGCUGGCUCCUUUUAUGAAGAUGUACGGAGAGUACGUGAAGAACUUUGAUCGUGCUAUGGACCUGGUCAACACCUGGAGCCAGCGGUCAUCACAGUUCAAGAGUGUGGUCCAGAACAUACAAAAGCAGGAUGUGUGUGGGAACCUGACUCUCCAGCACCACAUGCUGGAGCCUGUGCAGAGGAUCCCUCGCUAUGAACUCUUGCUCAAGGACUAUCUGAAGAAACUGCCUGAUGAUGCACUGGACAGGAAGGACACGGAGAAAGCCCUGGAACUCAUAUCCACAGCAGCCAACCACUCCAAUGCUGCCAUCAGGAAAAUGGAGAAGAUGAACAAACUGCUGCAGGUCUAUGAGAGACUGGGGGGAGAGGAGGACAUCGUGAACCCAGCCAACGAGCUCAUCAAAGAGGGACACAUCAAGAAGAUGUCUGCCAAGAAUGGGACGGCCCAGGACCGAUACCUCUACCUGUUCAACAACAUGGUGCUGUACUGCGUUCCCAAGCUGAGGCUGAUGGGGCAGAAGUUCAGUGUGAGAGAGAGGAUCGACAUCGCUGGGAUGGAGGUCAGGAAGGAGGUGCAAGAGAACGUGAAGCAGAACCUCCCUCACACGUUCACCAUCAUCGGCAAGCAGCGCUCACUAGAGCUGCAGGCCAGGACGGCUGAGGAAAAGGAAGACUGGAUACAGGUGAUCCUGGCCACCAUAGAGAAGCACAAGCAGAACAGUGAGACCUUUAACAAAGCCUUCAAUAGCUCCUUCUCCAGGGACGAAGACCACCCGCCAGACUCACCGGGUCCCUGGAGCAGCACAUCCAUAGACUCAGACAGUGAAAGACUGCAAGAAAGGAAAAGUUCCAAGAAGAAGGAGAAGGAGACAUGCAAAGGCUGCAACGAGAGCUUCAACUUUACCAAGCGCAAGCACCACUGCAAAGCCUGCGGAGCGGCCAUCUGUGGUAAAUGCUCUAAGAUGUUGGAGAAUAAGACGUGUCGUGUGUGUCCUGAGUGCUUCGAGACUAGCCAGGGCCCCGAGGGGCCUGCAGGGGCCCCAGUAGAGCUGAAGAGGAAAGCUACAGCCGAGAAGCAGGCGUCUCUGUCGGGGGACAACUGUCUGCUGUGUGCCCAGCUGCAGGUGCAGGAGAAGGGCAAGAGCUGGACCAAGACCUGGGUGGCCAUCACCAAGACUGAACCACUGGUGCUCUACCUGCAGACCAGCGGACAGGACUCUCGCGGGGCACGGGCCAUACCCCUCCCGGGGUUUGAGGUGAGCGUGGCAGCGCCGUCGGCAACAGAGAAGUCUGAGCUUAAGCACGCGUUCCAGCUGAGUCACUCCCAGCAGGCUCUGCUGUUCAGCGCCCAGGAUACAGAAGUCCAGGCCAAGUGGGUGGAGUUUCUCUCUAGAGCCGCCCGCGGGGAAACACCCACAGACACGCCCUGCAGCCUGACGGAGCACAGGGAAAGCCAAUAGUGCAGCUCCGCUGAAGCCACAGGACCCUCCAUCCCACCUUUCACCCCUCUCCUGUGGACAGAGCACACGUUACUUGAAUUCACUUUUCCUUUGCACUUUUUAUUUUCUUUGAAGGGAGGGAAGAUUCCCCCCCUCUGCUGCCACUUCACCCUUUCCUUCACCCUUUCCUCCUCUUUCAUUCGCGCACUCUCUCUCUCUCACACUCUCUCCCACACUCUCUCUCUCACACUCUCUCUCUCUCUCUGUCUCUCUCUCUCUA